AUGUAUAAUUUUUGGCGACGAAAUCGCACAAAAAUUGAAAGUGCUGUAUAUGAAAAUCGUCUUGAUUCUGUUAAAGAGGAUCAUAAAUCAGACAAAAAAAAUGAAGUGGAGCUUUCUUCGUUAAAUUCGGAGAUUAAGCCGUUAGCGUCUGAUGCAACUCUUCCGAAGCCACAGACUCGUUCGACAGUUCAACACAAGUUGAACCUACCGACAAUAGUUGAGGCAUCAUUCAUUAUGAACUAUAAAGACUGGAAAGAUAUUUAUGAUCGCUCUCAACGUAAAAUGAAAUCUGGAUGGACGGAUGUGGUUGAUGAAAGAGUGCGCUCAUGUAAUUUUCGCUGUACCCUAGCUUUUGAUAGACGUAAGGUUGGUGCUGAAAAUUCACGUAAAAAGAAUUGCUCUUUUUUUCGUGCUCUCGCUAUAUGUGACAACAAUUCGUGCGAGCGAGUAUUUGACAUUUUUAUCAAAGAUGAACCUGUACCACGAGAAAGUAUUGCUUUUCGCGUACGAGUCAUUGGAGACGAAAAUCAUGAGGGACCGCCAGUAGCCCGACAACUAACUGGAAAAAAGAGAUUACAGGUUGGAAAAGCAGCGAAUGCGAUUGAUCCUGUAAAAGUAUUUCAAAGAAAAGUAGAAAGUGCUGAUGAAGAAAUUUUAAAAGCUCGUAAUUUCACCGGUUGUGAAACUGCUGAAGUUAUAAAACAUGCAUCAGCAGAUUACCGGAAAAUAUAUCAACUUGACGAAGAUAUUUUCCGAGAAUGCCGAAUUAGACAACAUAUACUUGAAGAAAUCGAUGUGACGUCCGAAGAAAUAAAAGGAUAUGUACAGGUUAUGGCUGAGAAACCAUUUCGUCUUCAUCUUACAUCAGAACCGCAAAUAUUACGUUAUGUUAGUUAUUGUGAAAAUAACUCUUACUCUCAUGUAUAUAUCGAUGCAACCGGAUCGAUAGUCAAGAGUUUACCGCAUCAAAAAUCAGCUCUAAUGUAUGCAGCUAUUUUUAAGGAUGGAAACGAUCCGACCAAUGUAAUUCCAUUAGGACAUGCUAUUCUUGUUGAUCACACAGCAACGAGCAUAAGCUAUUUUUUGGGUACUCUUCGACAAGGUAUCGUUACUCUCAAAGCGAAAGUUGUUCGACCUUCUUUUUUUGUCACCGACUUCUCUCCAGCAAUAUUUAAUGCUAUUUUACACACAUUCAACCAUGAAGAUAUUCGUGGUCAUUUAAAACGAUGUUGGAAUGUCCUUUUACGAAAAUAUGAUGCGAAACAAAUUCGUUCUAAAUCAACUACUUUUGAAAUGUUUGAUUCAUCCUCACCUCGUCGACUUCAUCAAUUCGUUAUGAUUGAGCAAUGUCCCAUCACCUGGCCUACGUUUGGUAUCAAGAAUAAAAUAUUUAAAGGUCGAAGAUAUUCCGUAACCAUAACCAAUACAUGCAAUAUUGAUUCUCCUCUAUUUGCCAUGUAUGUAAUGUUUCUGACGGAACCAAUGAUAAACAACAUCAUCUUAAAUUCCAACAAAGAACCGUUCCUUUCGCUCCGUAAAACGUUAUUAUUAGUUGAAUCAGACGGCUGGGAUGAGGCCAGAUUACAUUGGCUAACUACUCAUAAUCUUCUUACACAUCGACAGACAAUAGAACAUAAUGCAUAUGGAUCUGUUGAUGGAAAUUCUUUACGCUUUAUUAAAAAUCCUGCUCAACUUUAUCGAACAAAUUACAUCUGUUCGAGACAGAAUUGUCCAACCCGUGAACGUAUAAGCACAAGUGCUGAUUUAUCUCUGGAAGACGGCUGGCUGUGUAAUGAAGAAGUGGUUGCUGAGCCAUCAAAUUUUAUUCAUGGUCCUCCUCCAUUCCUUUUCGUGGACAUUCUCCAUCCCACUAUGAAUGAUCCAAAUAGUGAGGGAAUAGUACAAGUAGAUGAUAACUUCCAUGAUAUUCAACAAAAUAUUACAAUUGGCUUAUUAACGUAA